UUGGUCGACCAUGCAGCUGGACGGUCUGUGGACGGUGCACGCCCUGCUGGCACUGUCCAGUCUCACUCUGGGGAACCCAGUGAGCAAUGACCCAUUGGCCGCACCUCGCGUCUUCAUCUCCUUCAAAGAGCUGAGAUCUACUGGUACCGCUCAUCACUUCGCCUACCUCCUCAACACGUCUGACUACCGGAUCCUGCGUAUGGAUGAGGACCAUGAUCGCAUGUAUGUUGGCAGCAAGGACCACAUCCUGUCCCUGGAUCUCCAUGACAUCAACAAGGACCCACAUAUCAUCCACUGGCCAGUGUCGGAACGAAGAAGGAUGGAGUGCCUUGUGAGUGGGAAGGAUGCCAAUACGGAGUGUGCAAACUUCAUCCGUCUCAUCGAGCCAUGGAACCGGACUCAGCUGUACGUCUGCGGGACAGGAGCUUACAAUCCAGUCUGUACUUUUGUCAACCGCGGACGCAAACCUCAGACGUCCAUGUAUCUACAGAUGGCCCAGGCCAGAGGAAGGGCUAGCCGCGCAGCUGAACCCAGCGCGGUGCACGAGACACUCGGACUAAAGGAAGAAAUCUUCCAUUUGGAGCCGGGCAAAGUGGAAUCUGGGAAGGGAAAGUGUUCCUACGACCCGAAGCUCAACAGCGUGUCAGCUUUGAUCAAUGGUGAACUGUAUGCUGGGGUCUAUGUUGACUUUAUGGGAACAGACUCUGCCAUUUUCCGUACUUUGGGGACAAAGACUGCCAUGCGGACAGAUCAGUAUAACUCCAGAUGGUUGAAUGACCCCACUUUCAUCCGUGUACACCUCAUCCCCGACAGCGCGGAGAGAAAUGACGACAAGCUGUAUUUCUUCUUCCGGGAGAAGUCUUCCGAGAUGGGCCAGAGUCCUGUGACCCAGUCCCGUAUAGGACGCAUCUGCCUGAAUGAUGACGGGGGCCACUGCUGUCUGGUCAACAAGUGGAGCACCUUCCUGAAGGCCAGACUCAUCUGCUCGGUGCCCGGGGCCGACGGCAUGGAGACGCACUUUGAUGAGCUCCGAGAUGUUUACAUACAGCCAACACAGGAUACAAAAAAUCCUGUGAUAUAUGGAGUUUUCUCUGUCUCUGGUUCUGUCUUCAAAGGCUCAGCAGUUUGUGUCUAUUCCAUGGCCGACAUCCGCAUGGUCUUCAAUGGACCCUUCGCCCACAAGGAGGGUCCCAAUUACCAAUGGGUGGCCUACACUGGGAAGAUCCCCUACCCUCGCCCUGGCACGUGCCCUGGAGGUACGUUCACCCCCAACAUGAAGUCCACUAAGGACUAUCCAGAUGAAGUGAUUAACUUUAUGAGAAAUCACCCAGCCAUGUAUAAUGCUGUGUACCCGGUACAUAAGCGCCCCCUGGUGGUUCGGACCAACGUGGACUAUGAGUUCACCACCAUCACUGUGGACCAGGUGACAGCUGCAGAUGGCAACUACGAAGUGCUCUUUUUAGGAACUGACAAGGGGACAGUUCAGAAGGUCAUUGUGCUGCCCAGAGAUGAUCUGCAAACCGAGGAGCUGGUUCUGGAGGAGGUAGAGGUUUUCAAGGUCCCUACUCCGAUUACAACAAUGAAGAUUUCAUCCAAAAGGCAACAGCUGUAUGUGUCAUCUGCGGUAGGGCUGACACAGCUGGCUCUCCACCGGUGCGAUGUGUACGGCGAGGCCUGUGCUGACUGCUGCCUGGCCAGAGAUCCUUACUGUGCCUGGGAUGGCAAGUCCUGCUCCCGUUACUCCGCCUCGCAGAAGAGGUCUGACCCCUUUAGACGUAGCCGGAGGCAGGACGUCAAGUACGGGAACCCCAUCCGCCAGUGCCGAGGCUUCAACUCCAACGCCAAUAAGAACACUCUGGAGAUGGUGCAGUAUGGGGUGGAGGGAAGCAGUACCUUCCUGGAGUGUCAGGCCCGCUCUCCACACGCUGUCAUCAAAUGGCAUCUGCAGAGAGAUAACAGCGACCGCAGGAAAGAGAUGCGUUCUGAUGGUCGGGUUUUGAAGACAGAACAAGGUCUGCUCCUGCGGUCUCUGCAGCCCUCUGACUCUGGCAUGUACCAGUGUACAGCCACGGAGAAGAACUUCAAACACACGCUGGUGAAGCUGCAGUUGGUCGUGCUGUCAAGCCGGGCCGUCAACAGCUUGCUGGUGGAGGGCGGGGGAGGGCUGGUGCCAUCCUCUAUCCACUCCAGCAGCACCCAGUGGACCCCCAGCGCAGGCCAGUACAAGGACCUGCUGACCAUCCUAAGCCAGCCAGAGAUGAGCCUGAUCAAUCAGUACUGCCAGGACUACUGGCAGUUCGGAGACCCGCUGCUGGGCGCCCUCAAGGCCAAAGACCUGAAGGAGCUCAAGGAGCAGAAGAAGCCCCGCAACCGCCGGCAUCAUGGGGAGGGGAAGGAGAAAGAGGAGCAGGAGGAGGUAGAGACAUGAGGAGCCCAGCUUUGUGUCUGAAACACCCUCAGCCACCCCCCACCCCCAACCCCCACCCACCCUGUGAAAACUGGGAGAGACUCAUUGAGAGUAGCUACAAGAAAAAAAUCCACAAACCGGAAAAAAAAAAAAGCAGACUGAGAAAAAAGAGGCUUAAAAACAAAACCCCACAUACAUCCUCUCAAACAGUAAGAUAUAUGAUACACAGUAUUUAUUGUAGGUUGUAUAUAGUAUCAUUCUGUGGAUUUCUUUGUACUUAUAGAAAAAAACAUGCUCUUUGUGUAUAGGUACCUUUGGGGCAAAUAUUAUUGUUAUUAUUGAUGUUGUUAAUUUUAUUGUUGCUGUUACUGUCACUACAAAACUUAUCUGUCAGCAUCAUAUGACCUUUGGCGACUGUUUGGAAUGUGUUAUCAGGCAUGUAAGCUGUUUGGAGCGAACUAAGCUCUCUGUGAUGGGGAAAUGAGUUGUUGAUGAAGGGGUGAUGGGAUCUCUUUUGUUUCUUGUUUGCUUUGACUCAAUGCCAGGACUCUAUUAUUUCUGAACACUUCAGAAAUGGUGACGCAACCUCUUUGUGGCCGCAUGCAGACAGAGACUUAAUAUUGCAAGGGGGCCAUCGACACAUGGUCCCAAUGAUUGUGGGAAAACAGUACUUUUCUCCAUGGGAACCUAUGUUGUAAUUGGGCCUUUUCAUAGAAAACUGGUGCUUGCCCUUUGUUUUUUUCCUCUAUUUCCUUCUUGAUUGAAGGAUUGAUUGUAAAAAGAUGCUGCAUCUUUGCUACUUGCCAACCCAGAUACUAAUUCCGAUUAGGGAGAUUUACAUUCGCUAAACAUGAACACGAGUUUAUUAAAUGGUACAUCAGUGAAAGAAGCAAGCAUCAGAUCAGUUUUGGUUGGGUUCUUUUCAAACACAAACAUCCUUUGAACUGAGAGUGAGGUGCAAUAAAGGGUCUAGGUUUUGCGCAAAGGGCAUUAUUUUUUACUUUCAAGGGACAUUGGCGGGGGCCAAAUGCAACAAGCACACUCGGGCAAGGUAUAGUUAACUUUUGUGGGAAAACAGAUCCAGUUUAUAAUGAAAGACGUGUCCCGAUCAGGCAGCAGUUGUUAGAUCUGAGCACACAACGUAUCUUUUGUUCUUUCUUCCUUUGACAUUCAUAUGUGGAAAAAAAAAAUAAUUGCCCAUAUGCACAACAGAGCAUUGUAACAAUGUUGUGACACUAACCAAAAUAUUGGGAAGCUGGCUUUCAUUGUGUGCAUGAACCUGUAUUUGUACUGUAAUGCUGAUAAGAUACUGUGUGGUCGUUUUUUUUCUGUUCUUCAUCUCUAGGGGUGUACAGUAUGGUCUGAGGGGCUUUCUCAGUACGGCAAAAUGGGGGAAACAAAUGCUUUAAAGAUGCCCUCAUUUCAAACCUACUCCUGUAUGAAGCAUGAGACAUUUUUUCAUAGGCAUGAAUGUAGUUCUGUCAAAGUAUAAAGUGAAAUUAUCUUGCUUCUGUGUUUGGAUAGGACAUAAUAGCAUUAUUUUUAAAAAAUGCAGCCAAGUGGCAUAUUAAUUACAUAGAGUGAGGCAGUUUGAAUUUGAAGAGAGGGGUGUUAUGAAGAAGUAAGCGCAGGUUCUAUUGAUUAGAAUUUUUAUGCUCACCCUCUAGUACACUGUUCUGUUAAAAAUAUUAGUACAGCAGUUCCCCAAGAAGUAAAUUAAUGGAGUUUUUAUGUAUAAGAAUAUACGAUUGGGGUGUGGUUAUCAAGGUGAAUUUUUGUACCAUUCUGCCAGUAAGUGGGUUUUAACACACCUUGUCGAGCUUCUAUUCAGGCCAAAUGAAAGUCAAAAUGAACGCCCCUGGGAAGAUGCAUCCAUAAUUCAUACAGGGGUAUCCAUGUCUGCUCCUCAAUUUGGGAUUUGUGUGCAUUCCCAGAAUCAAUCACAGCUCCUGAUCAUCUCCUUCAAAUGAGACCAGGGGUUCUACAGCAGAAAAAAAGCAGAGAGGCUGUACAAUUUGUUGGUAUUUUUAAAAACGUGUCUUUAGUUUUUGAGUGUUUUUGUUUGUUUUGUAUUUUUUGCAUCAUUAGACUUUAUGAGAAAAGAAAAAAAAAAACACUAAAUGCACAGAGGUGAUGUUAUUGUAAUGACUUGUGUAAAUUACUUUUAUCUUCCCUUUCCAUUGUUGUUGCUGCCUAAUAAAUUAAAGCUCUAUAUUUUAUAAGAAUGGAAUGCUCCCCCCCCUUCAUUGUGAUUGACUUGAUACUGGAUGUUUUCCAUGUUCUGCCCAGAAGCCUCUGGAUCCUUGGAAUAAAG